AUGGCCCUCACCUGCAACGUGCUCCUGGUCCUGUUCCGUGUGGCUGCGAACCAGUCCUCCCUGUCAUUUCAGUGCGUGGGCCGCACAGACGGCGGCGGCGACCGGAGAAGCAGGAUGUGGGCACUGGCCUUGCUGACACUGGCGGUGGUGGAGACGACCCCGGUGCUGUGGGCAGAGCCCGAGUCGCCGCGGGAGCCCUGGGCCGGCCUGACGCUGCUGUGCCGGGCGCGCCUGGCCACCGCGCAGUUCGAGCUGUUCAAGGCCGGGGCGGCGUGGCAGCGGGUGGACCUGGGGUUCCCGGCCCUGGAGCACCGCUUCCCCGUCGGGGCCGUGGCCCAGGGCCCCGUCCGCUUCCGCUGCCGCUCCGGCCUGGGCCAAGGCUGGACCUCCAUGAGCGACGUCCUGGAGGUGGCCGGCCCAGGGUCCCUGGCGCCCCCCUCGCUGCGCGCGCGCGGGGUGUCCUGGGUCACGCCGGAGCGCAACGCCGACCUGCUCUGCCGCGCGGGGCUGCCGGGGGUGACCUUCCUGCUGAGGCGGGAGGGCGAUGACGCGUUUCUGGAGACAGCGGAGGCCCCCGACGCCCUGGAGGCCGCCUUCCCCGUGCACCAGGCCGGCAACUACAGCUGCAGCUACCGGACCCACGCAGAGGGCGCGCCCUCGCCGCCCAGCGCCGCCGUGACCGUGGAGAAGCUGGCCGCGCCGCCGCCACCGACCCUGCAGGUGGACAGACGCCUGGCGGCCCUGGCGGGCCCCGGGGACCAGCCGACCCUGCAGUGCGUGGCGCCCCUGCCCAGGGUGCACUUCCAGCUGCGGCGCGGGGAGGAGGCGCUGCGGGUGCGCCUGAGCAGCGCGCACCUGGACCGCGUCCACUUCCACCUGCCGGAGGACGGCGCGGCGGCGCUGUCGGGCGGGCGCUACACCUGCCGCUACCGGCUGCACGCGGAGAGCGGGGCCUGGUCCGAGCACAGCGCGCCGGUGGAGCUGCUCGUGAGCGACGGGUCGCUGCCGGCGCCCCAGUUCUCCGCGGAGCCCGCGACCCCGAGCCCCGCGCGCGGCUCCCUCGUGCGGCUGCGGUGCGAGGCGCCCCGCGCGGGGCUGCGCUUCGUGCUGCAGCGCGAGGACCGGGCGGGCCGCCAGGUGCAGGCCGUGCUGAGCCCCGAGGGCGCCCGCGCCGACUUCCAGCUGCCCUCGGUGUCGGCGGCGGACGCGGCCAACUACAGCUGCAGCUACGUGGACCCCGCGACGCCCCGCGCGGGCUCGGCGCCCAGCGCGAGCCUGGAGCUGCGCCUGGACGGGCUGGCGCCGGCGCCCACGCUGCAGGCGCUGUGGAGCGGGGCGGUGGCCGCGGGCGCCGACGCCGUCCUGCGCUGCCGGAGCCCGCUGCCCGGGGUGUUCUUCGAGCUGCUGCGGGACGGCGAGGUGCGGGCGCACGCGCACCGGGACGCGGACGGGGCGGCCGACCUGGUGCUGCCCUUCGUGGGCCCCCAGCACGCGGGCGCCUACACCUGCCGCUACGGCUCCUGGGACCGCGGCCCCUUCCGGUCGGAGCCCAGCGCGCCGGUGCAGCUGCAGGUGGCAGGGCCCAACUUAGCUGCCAUUUUCUCCAGAAGCCACCUGCCCCCCUCUGAGGUUUAG